AUGCCCGCUUGCUCGCAGGCCGUCCUAAACCGUCUGGUCUGUGAGGGGCAUCUGGAGAGUCCGGAUUUCGACCAGUGCAUCGUCAACGACUACACGGGGGGUCAAGGCAUCAAGGCCCACCGAGAUCGUGAGUUCUUCGGCGAGGCGGUGGUGGGCUUCUCCCUCCGCAGCCCGACCAUCAUGGACUUCCGGUGCCUUCGAAGCGGGGAAGUUCGGGCCGUGCUCUUGGAGCCACGGUCGGUUCUCGUUCUGACAGCAGAUGCACGGUGGUCCUGGCAGCACGCUAUCACACCCGCACCAACGCUGCUUUGGCGCGGCUCAACACUGCCUCGAGGGCACCGCACAUCUCUGACUUUCCGCAGUAUCAGCGACCGGAGCGUGAUCGGGGCGGAGCAUUGA